CUUUUAAGCCAUUGCCCUUAGGAGUUAUUUGUUUGUAGCCGUGUUGUUUUUUGUAAUAUAUGUUUAGUGUGUGAAAUUAUAUUUUACUGCUGAUUUAUACAUUGGAAUUUUAUACAGUAUCUGUCUGACAGCUACUUCCACCGUCCUGUUGCCUGACUUGCCUGACUUGUGCUUCUUUACUUCGGUCCCUUUUUUCAAGCACUCUGCUUUUUUUAUUUUGGCCUUGCUUUUCUCCUCUCGCCCACCAACCCUGUUCACAUAGUUUUCAUGCCAAUUUAAUCUCAUUAUUCCUUGCUCAAACACUGCUGUUUCCCUUGCCUUUACAUAUUUUUUUGCCCCGUUAGAUUAUUUUAUGUUACUUAUGCUGUUAGGAUUCUAUUUUGCUGUUUAUCUAAAACAAUCCGCUUCAUUCCUCCUUCCAAAAAGCUCUCGCUUCUCCUAUACAUCUUCCUGCAAUUAGUAGUCACUUUCAAAGUGUGCUGUAUGUUGUUCAUUCAAUUUUCAGUGAUUUGUUUGUGAAUUCUUUCUCCGUGUAAUGUACCCAAAACACUGCAAUCAACUAUCUUUCACAUUAGUCGGGUAAUCUCUGAAAAGACAGGAGCUUGUUACUUUUUUGACCCGAAGUAUUCCUUUUCUCAUACUUGAUCCAUUUCUUUACCAACAAGUUUCUCUGUAUUUUUACUCCCUCGUACACUUACAUAUCUCCUUCCUCAAUAACUGUCACUUCCUUUUUAACCUUUUUAGUAGCGAAACCUUGACGCGCACAGAGCAACUUUACUUGAAGAGGAAGAAAUUGGUUGCAGUUUUGGCAGGUUUUCUCUCUCUGCUCAUCAAGCUUACUGCAAGAAUUGGGUUGAAGAGGCAUUUUGCUUCAGAUCUUGUAGUUCUCCGUAGAGUGUUGCUCAUUUGGAGGACUUACCAUAUUAAAGAGGGAUAUAUGUUGCGUUUCUGAACCUGCAGGAGACUUUUCAAUUUGGGUGUCAAUACUUGGAAUGAUUCUAGUCCUCUGAGAGUGUUGGGGCUUUCAGAGUAGAGGUCUUGAGUUUGUGCCACUGGUUUGUCUAAAAGCGAGGAGGAUAAAGGCACCAUGUCUGCACCCAAGCUUGAGGAAAUCAGCCAUCCACCACUGGAACAACUGCAAGGCUUGGAUUACUGCAUAGAUUCGAAUCCUCCAUGGCCUGAAACAAUAAUCUUGGCGUUUCAGCACUACAUUUUGAUGUUGGGAACUACAGUCAUGAUUCCAACUUUUCUUGUGCCUGCGAUGGGUGGAAAUGAUGAUGAUAAGGUGCGAGUUAUUCAAACAUUGUUGUUUGUUGCCGGCCUGAACACGCUUCUGCAGUCACUAUUUGGAACUCGUUUGCCUACAGUUGUUGGUGGUUCAUUUACAUUUAUCAUACCUAUAAUGUCCAUAAUAGACGAUUCAUCACUGAAGAAUAUUGAUGAUGGGCACGAGAGAUUUGUUCAUACAAUGCGUGCUAUUCAAGGAGCACUGAUUGCUUCAUCAAGCAUACAGAUCAUCCUUGGUUACAGCCAACUUUGGGGCAUCUUCUCUCGAUUUUUCAGUCCGCUUGGUAUGACACCAGUGAUUUCAUUGGUUGGACUUGGUUUGUUUGAGAGAGGUUUCCCGGGGGUUGGUAAAUGCGUGGAAAUUGGUGUGCCAAUGCUUAUUCUAUUUAUUGGAUUUGCACAGUACUUGAAGCAUAUACAUGCAAAAAGCUUGCCUGUUUUUGAGCGCUUUCCAGUGCUUAUUUGCAUUACCCUUGUGUGGGCAUAUGCACAUUUGUUGACUGCAAGUGGAGCUUAUAAGCAUGUGCCUGUGAUGACCAAGGACCACUGUCGCACUGAUAGAGCUCACCUUAUAUCAUCUGCUCCCUGGAUAAAGUUUCCUUAUCCUCUGCAAUGGGGUGCACCUACUUUUAAUGCUGGUCAUGCAUUUGGAAUGAUGGCUGCAGUUCUUGUUUCUCUUAUUGAGUCAACUGGAGCAUACAAGGCUGCAUCUCGGCUUGCAAGUGCCACACCACCUCCUGCAUAUGUGCUUAGUCGGGGUAUUGGUUGGCAGGGUAUUGGGAUACUAUUGGAUGGUCUUUUUGGGACAGGAACUGGUUCUACUGUUUCUGUAGAGAAUGUUGGACUUCUGGGAAUUACAAGAGUAGGCAGCAGGCGUGUUGUUCAAAUAUCAGCCGGUUUCAUGAUAUUCUUUUCUAUAUUAGGCAAAUUUGGAGCUCUUUUUGCGUCAAUACCUUUUCCCAUAUUUGCUGCACUAUACUGUGUGCUCUUUGGGAUUGUUUCUGCUGUUGGUAUUUCCUUCAUGCAGUUCACCAACAUGAAUUCCCUGCGAAACCUGUUUAUCAUUGGAGUUUCCUUCUUUCUUGGCCUUUCUAUUCCUCAAUAUUUCAAUGAGUUUUAUGCUACAUCUAGGCAUGGCCCCGUGAAUACAAAAGCAGGAUGGUUUAAUGACUUCUUAAACACCAUUUUCUCCUCCCCACCAACAGUGGCACUAAUUAUCGCAGUGUUUUUAGAUAACACACUGGAAGUUGAGAAAUCCAGGAAGGAUAGAGGGAUGCCAUGGUGGGUUAAAUUCAGAACAUUCAGAGGUGACAGCCGAAAUGAAGAGUUCUACACUCUACCAUUUAAUCUGAACAAAUUUUUCCCUCCAACAUAAUUUUGAGGGUAUUCCUGCUCAAAGAUUGUUGCAGUGGAUGUACAAUUAUGCUUUUCGAAAUUGGUUUAUUAGGUUGGAUACUCAUUUAUAUUGAGAUGGUGGUAGAUAAUGAUGGGUUUUCAUCUCCCAUUAUUUGAGCCAUCAAUCUUCUUGCAAUUUUGUGCAUUGUUGGGAUUUUUCAACCCCAUCAGAAAGGAUAGUGGCCAUUGCAACGGAAGUCAGCCUUUUUUUGUAGAGAAGCUGUUUUUCGUUGUCCUCAAGUAUUCUCUAGUGUAAUCAUCCCAUUUAAUUUUUUUCCCUCAUUAUUCAUGCCUGGCAUUUGUGCAAGCGAGAAGGCAUUGCCACCUUCAAAUCUAUUUUCCUCUUCUGUGCUUUCCUUUGAUUUGCCAGCACGUUGUGUUAAUGACAACCACAUCAAUAAGGGUGGGGUUGUGAACUCUCAUGGAAACUAAGAUGAUGAAUGUCUGGCAUUAUUCUCUGUUUUGAGGAUUAAUGAGGAAGCUCUAUGUUGUAAAUAAUUGAGUCCCCCGAGGCUUCAAAAUCAUUGAUUCUAUGUGAAACUGAAAACCAUUGAAAGAGGAAUCUUGCUACAGAUUGUACAUGAA